UAAAGGCAGCAUGAAGGUGUGGCGAAACAGAUAAAAGUCCGGAAGUUCAUUUCCAGCAACAAGACGAACGAGGCAGCUGCUCUCAAGCUAACAAGUCUAAUUUGUUGACAUUCUUAACAACUACUUGUUAAAGCCCCUGAAAGCAGCACGAAGGUGUGGAGAAAGCGAUCCCAGCGCUGAAGUUCAUUUUCAGCAACAGGAAGAUCGAGGUUGGUGCUCUCAAGAAAGCCAGAAUGGCAGAGUGUAAAAUAUUAAAAUCGCCCAAUCUCCAACGACGCCACGGAGAAAGAGUUCCAGGUUAUCUGACAGGGUCACAGAUUGUGUCUGAAAAUAGAGGCAAAGAAAUGCCUCUGCCUUGUCCAGUUGGAGCCAAACUGACCGUUGGACCAGUGGAGGACACAGAGUACAAUGACAGCCCUGAAGUGGUGAACGCAUGGGGAAAGUUUUAUCUUCCCGAAAUAACAAAGAUGGAGGUUAUCGGCUAUGUGGAGGGAACAGCAUACCCAUGUGACCAGCUUGUCCUGAUGACCUGUGAGGACCAGAAGGUGUACGGCUUUGAUGGAGACGAGCUGCAUCUGGUGGCUUUAUCCCUGAGAGAGGUGUUAGAAGAGGGAGUAAACUAUCCUGCAUUACAAAGUUAUUACUAUGGGGAGCCUUUUGAGGACAUGACCACAGAGGACUGGGCGGAGGUUGAGCAGGGCCCUCUGGGGAAGAAGUUGGAAGAGGAGCAUCGUAAACUGGUGGCUUCUCACAAAUCCGCUUUCCUGAAGAAUCUCAAAAACAUCAGCCAGAGUUCGGUGUCCGUUCAAGGUGCCAUCAGCACAAUGGCAACAUCCUCCCCAAAAGCAACAUGACUCAGUUGCAGAAAGGUGGAACGUGACUAAGUUUUUGUCAUUCAUGCAAUGACAAAAAUUGUUCCUACUCUAUGGAACAAUCUACUUUUCCAAAUUAGAUCUGCCCACAACCUGGAUCAUUUUAAAUCGCUUCUUAAAACUCAUUUUUAUUCUUUGGCAUUUAUUUGAAGUAGUGUUUUGAUACUCUGUUUUUACCAAUUUGUGUUGUUCUUGUAAAGCACUUUGGAGCAGUUUUACACCUGUUUUUAAAGUGCUAUAUAAAUAAAUUUAAUAAAUUUGACAUUGACAUUGCAGCUCAAGGUUUCAAAACACAACUAAGCGUUUGAAGUUAUUUUGUUCCUCUAUGGAUGUCUUGCAUGAUUUUGAGAAUUAUGGCAUGUGUUAUUAAAUAAUAAAUAACAUAAACCUUC